AAGAAAAGGAAUUCCUUGUACUCCAUCGUCGUAAUGUCUCCAUCUCAGAAGUCACAAGAAUCUGAAUAUGUUGAGCCUGGUUUUCUUCAUCGUCUAUUUCUUACUUGGUGGCUUGGUCUUCUCAAGUUGGUGGCUCAAAGACCGCUCAACCAAGAAGAUCUUUAUUCACUGCCAGAUGAAUAUAAGGCAGAAAACCUGGUUCCACGACUUGAAGAAACUUGGUCACAAGAACUAAACGACGCAAACAGAGAGGGUAGACUGCCCAAACUAUGGAAAGCUCUUCUUCGUGCCUUGCCAAUAAAAAACUAUUUAAAAUCGGCGACCUUGGCACUGGCAAACGUGUUCGCGUCGUAUGCGUCAAUAUUCUUUCUUUGGCUGUUUUUUGAAUAUCGGCAAGGCGAAUCGCAUAUGGAGAAGUGGCAUCUUCCUGUUAUUGUAUUAGGUAUUGGUAUUUGCAGCUAUCUCAGGGCGUUUACCUUCCGUCAUAGUAUAUAUGUUACCUUAAACAUUGGCAUGCAGCUAAAGGUAGCUGUUAUGGGGAUCGUUUAUAAAACGAUACUUUCAAUGACAGACAGUGGUAUAAAAAGAGCUACCUCAGGGACGAUCAUGAACCUAAUAUCGAAUGAUGCACAACGGAUGGAAGAGCUAAUAUCGAAAUGUUUCUUGUGUGCCAGUGGCUUKUUGUCAAUUCUAACUGGAUUUCUUCUAUUGUGGGCACUAGUUGGUUGGCAGUCUUUAUCAGGAACAUUGGUUUUAGUUCUAUUUGUACUCGUUCAAACUGGUUUACUAAAUGCUUAUGGAAAAUUACGCUACAAGCAAAAACAAGCAACUGACCAUCGUCUAGUAGCAGUCAAGGACGUCAUCUCAGGAAUACGAGCUGUCAAGAUGCAUGCAUUGGAAUGGAAGUUCAGCGAUAGAAUCAUGUCUAUAAGAAGGUAA